UGAAAAUAACAAAUUUGAAGAGAAGUUCUAAAAUAUCUGUGUUGUUACAAUGGAUGAAAACGAAGAAUAUCAACUGGAAUCAAAAGCACAAACAUCUACACGUAUAUCAGAUAAAGAUAUUACACACAUUUUAGAAAUAUGUGGUAGUUUUGGACCUUAUCAGCACUGGUUAUUAACUUAUAUUUUUAUGAUAUGGAUGCUGACAGAAUUUCCGGCGGUGAACAUGACAUUUCUCACAGCAAGCGUUCCUUUCUUAUGUUAUCCACCAAAUUGUAAUGCUUCGUUAAUUCCUGCAAAUCUUACAGAGAAUGAAUAUUUGCAAAUGCUUCAACCAGACGGCGACGAUCAGUGUUCUGUAUAUAACAAUAGUUUCACUGGGACAUAUUAUACAACACCACCAAGUAAUUCAUCUAAACUACAGUGUCCUUAUGGACGGAAAUUUCUGACGGAGGAGUUUUCUACAAUUGUAAGCGAGUUUGAUUUAAUAUGUGAGAGAAAAUGGUUAAAAUCCACUUUGCAGUCGGUUUAUUUUGUUGGUUAUCUUGUUGGAUCAAUUGUAUUUGGGAUUUUAUGUGACAGGUUUGUCACCAGUCUGUUAUAUUAUGGAGUAACUCUUAAUUCUGUUGAUGUGGCAGGAAACCACUAUUUAAACUACUUGUUGCUGGCAGUUGUUGAAUUGCCAUCCCUUUUAUUCUGCUGUUAUUUGUUUACACGUUUUGACCAUCGCAAGCCUAUUAGUUUCAUUAUGAUGUUUAGUGGAUUAAAUUGCAUUGUCUCAAAUUUUGUAACCGAAGGUUCAUUCUGGUUUCCUGUUAUCUUGGUUGUUCUAGUAAAGUUUGGAAUCUCUGCAGCUUUUGCUUCAAACUAUCUCUUAUCAGCAGAAAUAUUCCCAACAGUUGUUCGAACAAAUGGGUUAGGUAUAUCUUCCGUUUUUUCCUGCGUCGGUUCUAUAAGUUCACCCUUUAUACUGCAACUUUCAUUCUAUGCCAAAUGGCUUCCUCUCAGUAUCUACGGCGUUCUCUCAGUUAUAUCCAGUAUACUGUUGCUAUUCUUGCCAGAAACAAAAGAUAAAGACUUGCCACAAACCUUUGAAGAUUUGGACAACUAGAAAACAUGAAAAUAUUAGUAAAAUUCGGAAACUGUUUUCAAUGACAACCAAAAGAAGAAAAAUAAUGUUUUCGACUGAAUAUAUUGGAGAAUUUCAGUUUUAAGGACUCUCAGCGUUGAUAUUUUACAAUAAAUGUUCUUGAAAACAAAAUCAAAUGAUCUCAUGUGAAUUUUAAAAUAUUUUGUUUUGAAAAUUUCCAUAUAUUAAGUGAUGUUGACUCAAUACAUUGUAACAUUUUGAUGGAGUA